GCUCAGUCAUGGAGCAGAAAACGUGGAUUGCGAAGGAUUUUCUUGCCUACCGUGGUGGUCACAAUGGCUCCACUUUUCGAGCAAUGCGACCCCUUUUCACGGCCGCCAGGCUAUUUUCCCUCAUUCCCGUAAAUGGAGUUUUUGGGGAUUCUCUGAUGGAUUUGCACUUUAAGUGGUUCUCUCUGGUGAUGCUGUACUCUGUCGUUGUGAUUGCAAUUGUGGGUUUUAUGACAAUUAUUGCAACAUUGAAAUUUCUCGAGGAUUCCCUGACCUUUGGCACCAUCGUCUCGGUUUUCUUCUAUCUCUACAACUUUUGUGCUAUUCUCAUUUUUGUCGGAAUUGCCAGGAAAUGGCCAGAACUAAUGGCCUAUUGGCACUCUGUUGAGAAGAAUCUCCCACAGACGGAACAUCUCUGUGGCAGGAGGUCGCUGAGGACACGUUUGCAUCAGCUGGUGACUACUCUUCUCGUCAUCGCUGCCAUUGAGCACGGGCUCUCAAUUGCAGCUAACAUUGAGAAAGCUUACCGAUGCAAGGGAACAAAAGGAGCUCAAACUACCUAUCUUGAGCUCUAUUUCCAUGAAUCACUACCACAUCUCUUCAGGGUUUUGCCCUAUCAUCCCCUCCUAGGCUGGUUUGGCUACAUUAUCAACUUCUAUUGUACUUUUGUGUGGAAUUUCAUGGAUCUCUUCAUCAUCUCCAUCAGCAUUGCCCUAACAACGCGAUUCAAGCAGGUCAACGCAAAGAUUGAGCAGGCUCGUGGAAGGAUAAUGAGCGACAUUUUCUGGACAUCCCAGCGCAAUCACUACCAGCAAGUCUCAGCUCUUGUUCAGGAAGUCGACAAAGUCAUUACAAAUCUCAUUUUCUUGUCCUACCUCAACAAUCUCUACUUUGUUUGUGUCCAACUUUUGCACAGUCUCAAUCCCAUGGACAACUACCUACAAGCCAUCUAUUUCUGGUUCUCCCUCAUUUUCCUCAUAGCAAGGACUUUUGGGGUCUCCCUGUACUCCUCAAAGAUUCACGAUCAAUCCAGGAGACCAGCUCAAAUCAUACGAUCAAUCCCAACUACGGGGCUAACGAAGGAGACUGAGAGAUUCCUGGAAGAGGUCACAAAUGAAACUGUCUCUCUAACGGGCAAGAAAUUCUUUCGUCUCACCAGGAAGUUGAUUCUAAAGAUUACUGGAACAAUCGUGACGUACGAGUUGGUGCUGAUUCAGGUAAGUCCUGGCGGAAAAGUGACAACGGAUAAUGCUGGAAAUCCCAAUGUUUGCACAUAAAAACACGC